AUGGACGAACUGAAUCGAAAUGAAGCAACUCGAAGAAUGCAGCAAGUCCCCUCUAGAAAUCAAACGACGCAAGUUCAUAGUAUCACGGUGGGCUCUGAAUCUUCUGCUUCUUCGGAAGAAGAGCCCCGUCCGCAAGCUGUAGCCACCCAACCAGAGUUCCUAUCUUCUUCUUCGUCUUCCUCUUCAGAUGACACGGAUGCUUCUGAGUCCCUUCCCUUACAGUCUGGUGGUGGAACCAUGGCCUUACUAGAGGUUCAAGAUAUAGACGGAGCUAGUAGGGAUGGUGAUUCGUCUGCAGAAUCAGACAGUGGCUGGUCGGAUACAAGCGGGAACUCUGAUGAUCCUUUCUGUCUUAAAGAUCAGGGCUGGGGUAUUGGGGAGGAAGGGCGCCAUUACAUUCAAGAUACUGAAUAUAUGAAUGAAAAGGUGGAUUCUGACAUCAAAACAGAUAUAAUAGAAAAGAUUAUUCAGACACGGCGACGGUCUUUGACAGACCUGCAUGGUAUGGACGAGACAAGAGUUGAAGAAAAGGUUAAAGAGACUGGGGUCGGGAAGGCCAUAACGGAAAAUGAUUUAUGCGAUUUCGAAGAACUUCCCCCUCAGGAUGCACCCCUGCCACCGCCCCCUCCGCCGCCAAGGUCUCCAAUUCAACCAAGUCCCAAGUCCGUACUGAGUUUCAAGGACUUCAGUCCAAAGCAACCUAAGCGCCGCUAUGAAAGUGACGACGAAUGCAGUGUCGAGGAUUCUUCCGAAGAGGACGGCGACAAGCCUGUAGAGGUGCUGCACGUUGGAGGCUCGAUGCGACCUCUGAAUCGCCCACCUCCACCACCACUGAUUGUCGAGACCAAAUCUGAAGAACCCAGCCUCUUCGGUGCUGCCAAUAUUCGAGAUCCAGACUUCAGCUUUCGUGACGAAGGUGAUGGAAACCAUAGUGAUGUUGGAAAAGACAUGCCAGACUUGGAGGAUGCUCUACGGAGCAACCUUGUGACGACGAAAGCUACUGAUAAUACUGCAAACGGCCAGCCUCCACGGACAAGCAUGAAACUGGGGCUUGCUUUCCCCUUUUGUGUCUGCUUGAUUCUUGGUAUAGCUCUGGGUCUUCUCGUUGGAUUUCACAUGCAACCCGCUACAAGCCCGGGGUUUGAACACACCGUGUCGCCAACCUCCAGUUCCGACGCCAAUCGACCGAUGCCAACUUUGCAGCCAACGACGAUGCCUACCGGUGUACCCUACACGCCUGUACUGGAUGUCUUGUCUGCUGUUUCUUCCGACAAUGGGGCCGCCAUUCGGCAGUUCGGAUCGCCUCAACAGCAAGCUUAUCUGUGGCUACUGCAACAGAUCAACCCCGGAGAAGAUCUGAAGCAGCGAAACGGCGAGUCCAGGGCGUCUAGUAGAACAGCACCAGUUGACAUUGCAAAGAUCAAUGUCAAUCUUCGGAGAAUCAUCCAGCGGUAUGCUCUGGCGACCUUCUUCUUCAGCACAGGUGGGCCCUCUUCUUGGCGUGAAACGGGCCAAUGGAUGAAUGCUUCGCUCGACGAAUGCUUGUGGGCAGGCGACCUCAAUAUCGAAGUGGGGGAGACGAAUACCAGCACCAGCGACUAUCAUUCUACGAUUCCGGCGUCGUUUACGUCAUUGGUCUGUGAUAUUGAAGAUUCUGAUGGCUAUGUGUGGCUGUCGUCCCUACACUUUCAUGACAACUACUUGAGCGGGGAGCUGCCGCCGGAGCUUGGUCUGCUCAGCGACCUACGGAUUCUCGUCAUCAAACAAGGGCCCAUUGCGUCUUCAACCGAUUAUCGUCAACAUAGCAAUGCAACACGAAAACUAGGCAGUGCUCUUCCCUCUGAGAUUGGUUUAUUGACGCAACUAGAAUCUCUCAUCUUGAACGGUCACGACUUUGGACUGAUUCUGCCUUCGGAGAUGCAUCGUCUGCGGUCAUUGCACAUCUUGGACUUGAAGGACAAUCAAUUGAUGGGACAAAGUCCAACAUUCAUUGAAUCCAUGGACCAGCUGCGACGAUUGGAUCUUGGUCGCAAUUUGCUAGAGGGAAGCAUGCCUUUGGAGUGGGGACAUCUGUCGAGGCUGGAAUGGCUUCACCUGGAGCAAAACAGAUUCGUCGGUGAGCUCCCAACGAGCUUGGGAUUGCUGUCCAAUCUUACAAGCUUUCAUGUCCAUGGUAACCACCUGAAUGGCAGCAUUCCAGACGAGUUUGAACAGUGGGCGGCAAUGCAAAGCUUUCAAAUACACGGAAACGACUUCUCUGGCUCUGUCCCGGAAGGUCUUUGCAAUGCGUUGGAGAGGCAUCGUCAGAUCUCUCCGUGGAUGGUCACAUCGACGGCAGACUGUCCUCUCGAGAUUUCUUGUUCCUGUUGUCAGGUUUGCUGCACCGAUGGCGAAGGUUGCAACGUCAACAAUGAUCUCAUGAAUGCCUCGGUUUAUGACGACAUUGGAUCGUUCUUGUUUCGAGAAUCGAUGGGAGAUCCGAAUCCAUAG